AAUAAAUAAAUAAAUAAAAAUAAAUUAAAGAACAGAACGGAGGACUUGUUGCAUUCGUAUUUCUUUCUGCGCUUGUUCACAGUCCCACGGGUUUUGUUCUCUUGCUAGCACUACCGCCCGGCGGGUCUCGCCGUCCACGUCCUCAUCACCGUCUUCUUCCUCGAACCACCACCCUCUUGUGCUGCGCGCCUGCGCCUGCGCUGUGCUCGCUCGCGCACUAACCGCGCGGGAGCAGUAAGUAGUAAUAACCCAGCUGUACCCGUAAUUCUCGCCGGAGGAGAACAGGACAGGAUCCAUCACGGACGAGGGUUGCUUUCGCCGCGCCGCGCCGGAAGGCAACAAUCGGGGACGACGAUCGGAUCGUCACGGAGGGAAACAGGAUAUUAUCGGGCGGGAGGGGGUGGCUGUGGCCUGUGGCUCGCAUCGAAGGUGCCAAUGGCGGGCGCGGCGGUCCCUGCUCCAACCACUCGCUCCUCAGCCCUUAUCCGCCAUACCUGCUCUCCGGUUGCUGCUCUACUCCUUUAUUUAAGGGACACUCGUCGGGAGGAGCACUAGGCAGGCAGGACACUCCUCCUCCUCCUCACCUCCUCCUAGUCCCAUCUGCUGCUCCACCUUUCUGGCACUCGCUGCGCUCGGAGGGGGCGCCGUCCGUUCACGCGAGUUGGGCAUUUGUGUGCGGGAGAGGGAUUCCAACCCGUCGCAACAAACGCAUUGAAUCAUCAUCACCUUCCCCCCUUCAUAGCCUAGCCUCGUCACACGAGCAGUGCUGCCCUGCCGCCGCCGGUUCUCCGAAGAGCGCCGCCGGGGCAUCGUGCCUGUACUUGCUUCAUAUAACCCUCCUGUUCGUCCUCGCCGGGCUCACGCAUUUGUGGUUGUGGCGCAGCAGGGCUCCUCCACCGGUCCAGUUCCUCUGCUUCCGGUGAUUGAUUGGUCCGGAGGCGCCUCGUCCCGCUCCUCCGCCGCCACCGGAUGGCGCUGCUCACGGCGCCGGCGGUGGCCGCGCUGCUGCUGCUCUUCUGGUCCGCGGCGUACGGCGGUGACGCCCAGGACCAGGGCGUGCCGCCGCCGUACCAGGACGCCAGCAAGGACGUGGAGGUCCGCGUCAGGGACCUGCUCGCGCGGAUGACGCUGGCCGAGAAGGUCGGCCAGAUGACGCAGAUAGAGCGGAUCGUCGCGUCGCCGCAGGCGCUCAGGGACUACUACAUCGGCAGCCUGCUCAGCGGCGGCGGCAGCGUGCCGCGGAAGCAGGCGACGGCGGCGGAGUGGGUCACCAUGGUCAGCGACUUCCAGAAGGCGUGCCUGUCCACGCGCCUCGGCAUCCCGAUGAUCUACGGCAUCGACGCCGUCCACGGCCACAACAACGUGUACGGCGCCACCAUCUUCCCCCACAACGUCGGCCUCGGAGCCACCAGGGAUCCAAACCUGGUGAAGAGGAUCGGCGCCGCGACCGCGCUUGAAGUGAGAGCCACCGGCAUCCAGUACGCGUUCGCGCCAUGCAUUGCGGUGUGCCGUGAUCCGAGGUGGGGCCGGUGCUACGAGAGCUACAGCGAGGACCACCGUAUCGUGCAGGCCAUGACUGAGCUCAUCCCGGGCCUGCAGGGCGACGUCCCGCAGAACUUCACCAGCGGCAUGCCCUUCGCCGCCGGAAAGGACAAGGUCGCGGCGUGCGCCAAGCACUUCGUCGGCGACGGUGGCACGCAGAACGGCAUCAACGAGAACAACACCAUCAUCGACCAGCAGGGCCUGAUGAGCAUCCACAUGCCGGCCUACCUGGACGCGCUCCGCAAGGGCGUCUCCACCGUCAUGAUCUCCUACUCCAGCUGGAACGGGCUCAAGAUGCACGCCAACCACGACCUCAUCACAGGCUUCCUCAAGGGCAGGCUCAACUUCCAGGGCUUCACGAUCUCGGAUUGGGAGGGCAUCGACAGGAUCACCAGCCCUCCAGGGGCGAACUACUCCUACUCUGUGCAGGCUUCGAUUCUUGCUGGCAUUGACAUGAUCAUGGUGCCCAACAACUACCAAAACUUCAUCACCAUCCUGACGGGUCACGUCAACAGCGGCCUGAUCCCGAUGAGCAGGAUCGACGACGCCGUGACUCGGAUUCUGCGCGUCAAGUUCACCAUGGGCCUGUUCGAGAACCCCAUGCCGGACCCCAGCCUCGCGGACCAGCUGGGGAAGCAGGAGCACAGGGACCUGGCGCGGGAGGCGGUGCGCAAGUCGCUGGUGCUCCUCAAGAACGGCAAGCCGGGCGACGCGCCGCUGCUGCCCCUGCCCAAGAAGGCCGCCAGGAUCCUGGUCGCAGGGAGCCACGCCGACAACCUGGGGUACCAGUGCGGCGGGUGGACGAUCGAGUGGCAGGGCGACACGGGGCGCACCACCGUCGGCACCACGGUCCUGGACGCCGUGAAGGCGGCCGUGGACCCGUCGACGGAGGUGGUGUUCGCGGAGAGCCCCGACGCCGAGUUCGUCAGGAGCGGCGGCUUCUCGUACGCGAUCGUGGCCGUGGGCGAGCACCCGUACACGGAGACCAAGGGCGACAGCAUGAACCUGACGAUCCCGGACCCCGGGCCGAGCACCGUACAGACGGUGUGCGCCGCCGUGCGGUGCGUGACCGUGCUCAUCAGCGGCCGCCCCGUGGUGAUACAGCCGUUCCUGGGCGCCAUGGACGCGGUCGUGGCGGCCUGGCUGCCGGGGACCGAGGGCCAGGGUGUCACCGACGUGCUGUUCGGGGACUACGGGUUCACGGGGAAGCUGCCGCGGACGUGGUUCAGGUCGGUGGACCAGCUGCCGAUGAACUACGGCGACGCGCACUACGACCCGCUGUUCCCGCUCGGGUUCGGGCUCACCACACAGGGCAAGAUGUACCAGAACUAGAAGAAGGCGGAGCGAGGGGAAAGGGGUAGUACUUGGUAAAGAUAAUAGGAAAUUGAAUUAAGCAGUGCUCUGCCGAGGAAACGUGAACCUGUAGUUCUUGUUUCCCUCAAUUCUAUGUCGAUUAAUUUUGAUGUAUGCUCAGUUCUCACUGUGGAGUAGCAUCCACACAUGAGCCAUCUCAUUCUUAUAUGAUAAUCAUGAUUUGAUUUUGCUCA